AAAACGUAAGUUGCCCGGAUGUUUAGUAUUUAGGAGAAUUUGAAGAAUGGCGUCAACAUAGUCAUGUGGAUUUGAACAGAAGUGUUUGCAAAUAUGAUCGAAAGUACUUCAUGAAAACCUAAUCAAAUGGAGAAUCACCAAGGUAAUGCUGUCUACCCUGCUCAGCUGGCGAUGGACAACCCCAUCAUUGUACUUGGUUUGGAAACUGGACAGGACAAGCCUGGUGGCGGCGACAAGGAUGACGGUGUGAGGAAGAGUGUCCGAUGUAAGCGACCACCCCAGUCCUUCUCACCAGGCCUGGAGAGUGCUACGGGGGAGCGUUACAACGAAUCAAGCAAGACCAAGAAGCUGAAGACAAAGUCAGCAACUGCACCAGAUCGACCCUGCGAUCUCAUGCCAAAUGGUGAUCCUUUUCUGUGUGACCUGUGUAUGUCCCCAUAUGUCAUCAACAGAUCUCUGAAACGUUCUCUCAAAAAUAAAAGGUCCAAACACAACCCUGCUCCUCGUAACAAGAUGGACCCUCUUACUGGAAAGAUUCUGAUGCUUUGUAAUGCAUGUAGUAUAACUUUUGAUAGGCCCCGAAAGCCUAGAAAAAUAAUUCCCAUGCCAACUGCAGAAGAGAUGGAAAAAAUCCUCAAAGGUGCAAAAGAUUUUGGCAAGAAAUUGGUUGUAAAAACGAAUAGACCAGAAGCUGAGAGAUUAUACUGCCCAGUGGUCAGGCCUAAAGCUUGUGGAUGUUUACAGAAAUACAUCAUUGGUGAUGGUGGCUCAGAUGAGUUUGAUAUACGAGCUAAAGCCAUGAUUGACCUUUUAAUGAAGGCAAGGGAACUCAGUGCAGAGAAGUGUUACGCCAAGAAGACUGAAUCUAAUGGAAAGGGAAGAAGUUCCAAGAAUCAAGGUGUAGGCAUAGGAAAUGGACAAAAGCGCUCCAAGGCUUUUGAAGACUUUGUUCUCACUCAGAGAACACACCUCAAGACUGACCUGAAGCUGUGUGAGAGGGCUGUUCAAAAAGUUCUACUGUACUCCAAUAACUUUCUACACAAAAAGCUUGUCACUGAAAAGAGUUUGUGUCGUGCUAAGCCAGUGAAUGGAAUGGCCAGGAAGGGCCUCCUACAGCCGUUUGAUACCAUUUCCCAGACCCGGUGCUGUGUGGACAACUGUGUGAUGAUGGCAAUCACUCACAAGAAGCUGCUUCAGGAUUGGAGGGAUAGAGCUAACAAAGGCCAAUCAGAGCACCGGAGAGUUAUCGCUGAGAUGCUGACGCCAUCUGCUGGAGCAAGGACUAACUGUUAUACAUUCAUUACUUUGGUUACGGGGGCAUCCCGUAGCACGAUUGUCCAGGUGAGUCAUCAGAUGAAGCAGACGGGCGGUGAGAGGGAGCCACCUACCCAUGGAAUGAAAAAGUUCUGGCAAUCCAAUAGCCAUCGCAAAAGUACAGAGGCGAUGAGUCUGACCAAAGUUCCCUCCCAUUUGGGAAAAACUAGUACCAAUACAACCUUCACUCAUUCUGUUGCUCCAGCCUCUAAACAAAGUGUUGUAGCAGCAUCCUGCAAUCCUACCACUACAACUUCAAACAUCGUUAUCCCUGUGUCUGUGAGUGGCACCAGCUCAGGGACAUCCAGUUUGACAGUGCAGCGACAACAGCUAAUGCAAAUACAGCAGCAGAUGUUUGAACAACAAGUACAGCAGCAGCAACAACAACAUCUUCUACAGCAACAACUGCUGCAGCACACCAUUAUGCAACAGAUUGGACAGGCAACUGAUGGAAUGCCGCAGAAUCUUCCCAUGCUGCAGACUAUGAUAGACCAGUUAAAUGUACAGAUUCAGAACACACAACAGCAGCUGCAGCUGCUGAGAACCAUGAACAUGAUUGGAUCACAGCCUGCUGGCAGUGGGACCACAGGAUCAUCCCAAAAUAUUUUAUCCGCAGCUGAAAACACCAGUGUCAUAGACUCAACAUCUCAUGGUAAUUUUCUUGCUGUGACUUGUAACAAUGUGGAGACAGUUCCAAUUACUCAUUCAAACUUGCUUCAAAUGUGUGGAAGCAGUGAAGCAGGACCUACUCAUCCCACUCAGCAACAAUCCAAUGUUAUGAACUCAAUCAAUGUCAGUACAAAUCUCCAAACAGCUGAUCAAGGUGGAUUCCUUCAAAACACGAACCAAAUCUUAUCAAAUCUUUCACCACAGGAUCAGCAGAACAUCCAAUUUUUCAAUCAGCUUUCACCGUCACAGAUGCAAGGCCAGACACAUGGUAACGUAAACAAUUCACAAAAUUAUUUCAACAAUUUAUCAAUGCAGAACAGUGGACAUACGAUCAUCCAAGUCCAGCAAUCCCCAGCAAUUCCUCCAUCACAGCAAACACAAUACGUUCAAACAUUUCUCCAAGGACCACAGCUCCAGAAAGGACGAGCUAGUUUGAAUGAAAGUGGUUCAUCCGAACAAUUUGUUAUCCAAGCAUACCCAAGCAUGAAUCACAGUGUUCAAGAAAUCAUUGCAAAAAGUUCACAGAAUAGUGUACUGAUACAGCAAUUAAAUACUCCUGUAAACCAAGGCCAGCGCCUCACAGUACCUCCAUUACUGCUUGUGAACCAACAGCAGGUUGAUUGUGGCGAUGGCCUUCCGAGUGCAUCUCACCUGAGUAAGGAAUUGUAUGACAUCUCUGAAAGUGGAUUUCAACAACAGUCAAACCGUAUAGAUCCUGAACACGGUUUAUUAAAUACUCCUAUCUUGGAUCUUGCUCCAGCUAUUGUAAUGCCUUUUGUAGGUGUUUCAGGUCAGCCCAAUACAGAAAGUACACACAAGUCAACAAAUGUAACUGGUCAGCCCAUCACAGAAAGUACACACGAGUCAACAAAUGUAACUGGUCAGCCCAUCACACUUGGAACAGUGUGCAUGACUGGUCAGACUGUCACAGGAAGCAGUCUCGAGUCAACAGUUGCGACAGAUCAGAUCACCACAAGAACAAUACAGUCAACGACUGUGAAUGGUCAAAGUAUCACUGAAAAUAAGCCUGAACCAGUGAAUGUGACUGGACAGACGACUAGAGGAAAUUCAACACAGUCAACAAGCAUGACUGACCAGACUACUACAAAAACUACACUGGAAACACUGGUAAUGACUGAACGUACCACUAAAGGAACUACAUCGGAAUCAACAAUCCUGACUGAGAUGGGAAGUACUUUGGAGUCAGCAAGUGUAAUUGAUCAAACCACCGCAGGAAGUACACCAGGAUCAACCAUUGUGACUGUGGUAACAUCUGUUUCUGGGGCUAUUCCAUUUUGUCACGUUCCAGUUACAAAUGGUACCCAGUCUGUUAUUUCAAGUGGGCUUGUUACAUCAAUUUCGGCAAAAGAAAGGGAUUUAGUGCUUGGUAGCACUUCAAACAACCAAACUGGUUCUUGUUAUACCUCUACUUCAAGUAUUUCUAAUCCUUCGUCGUGUUCGGAUUCUAGCUUCCUGCACGUAUCUCGUACGUUGCCAAACACCAACCGAUUCCAUACGUCGCCCAAAAGUGCUUUCCAUACACCUCAGAAACUUGAACUGGUUACCUGUAGCAGUAGUGAUGUUUGUACUCCUCCAACAAGUCGAAUGAAAUGUCUGCCAGUUGGAAAUUCACAAACACAGAAUGUCAAAUUGGCAAGUUCUGUAUCGGGGAAUUCAUAUCAGAGUGCGACCAUAGAUUUCAUUCAUGAUGUAUGUGUACCAAAUGCGUCGGUGACCUCUCUCUCAACAUGUAAGUCCAAAAGUAAAUCUGCGCGUCGUAGCCAGACAACUAAGGUUACACAGAGUCGAUUCGCGACUUCUGCUGUACCUACUGCAACUGUUGUGCCGUCUACGCAAUCGGUUACAGCCACAUAUCUAUCUGUUCCUAUGAUUCAAGGUAUACAAAGACCUGAUACACAUCCAUCUAAACGAAGCAAGGUCAACUCCGCCAAUAAACAUUUAGCAAUGAUCCCUGUGUCUGCCAAUCAGCAAGCUGAAAACUCCACAAUUUUUCUUCAAAGUAAUGAUCCUGAAACACAAUCAUCAAUACCAGAAAACAACCAAUCUUCACGGCAGAAUGUAACUAUUGAAAGUGUAGAAAAAGUGAAACAUUCUGCUGCGAACGUACAUGCUUUAACUGAGAAAGGAACACAGAACACAAUAGCUGAUGUUACUCAUACGACAACAGACACAACUAGACCAAACCAGGUGAUGUCGGCACCUAUAUCUCGGACCAAGAGGACAAGUCUGCAGGUUGUUACUUCCAUUUCACAAGUCACUCAAGAUUCCAUUAACUGCAAUACCUAUGCUCCUACCAAGAGUCAUUCAGUUUGUUCUCAUAAAAUAGUCAAUGCCCCUUAUCCCCAGAAUUCAAUCGUGAAGCUUUCCCCAAAAGGGUCGAUAGGUACUACUGUAGAAAAAAAAGCAUGCUCUGUCAGGCCUACUACACCAGUCACAAAGACAGUAUCUGAUACUUCCCAUAUGCUCCUCAACUUUUCCGGCUUGCAACUACAGAACGUGUUGAGUUCUGUACGUCAAAGCGGAAAUGAUAAACAACAUCCUCCAAAUAAGACGGCUCGAACGCAAAGCGUUUCUGUAUCGACUGUCCAUAAGGAGUCGCACGAGACACCUGUUGGUGACAGUAUUCAUCCUAUGAACUGUACUUUGGUAAUCAAUCAGGCGCAAAAACAGCGUGAGGUGUUAGGACCAGGACAGGGCCAGCAAAUCAUUGGUCAGAUACAACCGAUGCUGCUGAACGCAGCUAACCACAGUCGUAAUAUGUCUGUCUCGGCAAGCGCAACACAAACGUUAGUAGAUUCAAAGAACAAUGGAGACCAAAGGACACAGUCGAUAACACCUUUGCCGUUAGUACCUAAUACAACUUUUACUAUUGAUUCAGAAACUUUGAUGAGGUUAUGCCAACAGGCAGCAUUGCCACGUUCACCAGUUGUCAGCGUCGAUAUGAAUACACAAAUGAACAUAAACCUGUAACAUGAAUCUACUGGUGGCAAAGCUGUCUUCUUGUACAAACUCAUUUUCAUGACGUGUGUAUGUUUGAAUGACAACAAUGUCUUUGUCAAAUUUGCUGUUGAUCUUUUAAAAUGGUUUUGUUAUUCUCACAA